AUGUCCGCGUGCGAGGACUUCAAGGCGGCGACAGAGGGCUGGUUCCGCCGCCCUCUUCCCGCGCCAAUGGCAACGGCCGUGCUGCCCCAUGGCGAAAUGGAGCCAUUUCUUGAGCUCACCAACGACAUCGGCGCCAACGAGAACCCACUCGUGAACUACGUUGACCUCAUCGCUGGGCAUACAGACCCGGCCCCCCCCGAGCUGGACGAGCAUUGCAAGGCGGCGUGGAAGCUGCCGCCGCCGUUCGGGUUCAAGACGGCGCCGCCGAGCCACGCGACGCUACAGAUAUGCAUCAUUCAGGCCCCCGACGGCACGAAUACCAUCAUCAAGCAUUGCGUCAUCCCCAACAAGGCGAAGACGACCGUCCUUGUCAGCAUGGCGUUCGGGGGCGUCAAGAAACUCUGCUUCCAGCACCCCAAGUUGCACGGCUCGGAACAAGGAUGGCGAGGGUGCGGCGGUGUGGGGGUCAAGGCAUGGCAGUGCGCUUUCGAGCGCUUCGGCGGGAAACAGUUUCGCGCGUUUUUCUUGUCGCCAGACGUCAAGGCGAGCGCCGAGGUGAACUAG